GGAGAUAUUAAUAUAAAACUGAAUUAAAACAAACUAAAUUAUUUCUGUUUUCUAAAUCAAGGGAAUCAUAUUUUCGCGUUUGUGCACAAACAUCGGUAGAAAACUUUAGAACUUUCGACAAUUGAUCUUAAAAUUCGAAGAUAUCGCUAUUAAUUCGAUUUGAAACUUUACUUCUUGCUUAAGAAUUAUUUAAAUCAUUAAUUGCUAAAGCGACUUAAAUCGUACAGCAUUAAGAGGACAAAAAUUGGCAAGAGAUGUCUGGAGUUGUGGUACCACGAAAUUUUCGUUUGCUUGAAGAAUUAGAAGCUGGACAGAAAGGCGUUGGAGAUGGAACUAUUUCAUGGGGUCUUGAAAGUGAUGAUGAUAUGACAUUGACUCAUUGGACUGGAAUGAUAAUUGGACCACCAAGAACUCCAUAUGAAAAUAGAAUAUAUUCAUUAAAAAUAGAAUGCGGUAAUCGGUAUCCAGAUGAGCCACCAACAUUGAAGUUUCUAUCUAAAAUCAACAUUAAUUGCAUAAACAGUCAGAACGGCGUGGUUGAUCACAGAUUAGUUCCAAUGCUUGCACGAUGGAACCGUGAAUACACAAUUAAAUCUACAUUACAAGAAAUCCGUAGAAUUAUGACACUUAAGGAUAACUUGAAGCUGACACAACCACCAGAAGGUUCAUGCUUUUAAAAAUUUGGUUAAAAUGUUGUCCUCGUUGCAUUUUAUCAUCCCGCAAAAAGAGAAAGAAAGAAAAAUAUGUAAGACCGAAGUAAAGUUUUUCGGAAACUAAUAAAAAAAAAUUAAAAUUAAAAAUAUCGCGCUAAUAAGUGUACAGUUCGUCUACACGAUUUUUUUGUAAUUAAAUCAAUGAGAGAAGUGUAAAGUUUCAUAAUCAUCUAAAGAUAUACAGAAGGAAGAGAAUGAGUGGUAAAAGCAGUUUUCUUCAUCUCGCGUCUUCUUAUUCUGUCAAAUCAAUUCAUACUUGAUUCUGUCUAUUUUUUUAUAUCUUAUUUAUUUUUAUGAAACAAAGGUGUAUUAUUGAAUCACCCAUACGGAAUAUUCCUUACACUGAUUUCUUACCUGUUAAUGCAGGUGUCUGAAAAUAUUUACAUUCUAAAGAUUUGUUUCAAUUAUUUCUCAUUAAUCUUCUCAUUCUUCUCAUCAAUUUUCCUAUCUUCAACACAUUAUUUUUAUUUAAAAUUAGAUUUUAUUAUUGCCUAAUUGGGACAGAUAUGAAAAAAUGUAAAGAAAAUGAAAAAAAAAAGCUUAAUAAAUUAAAUACUUAUAAAAAUCUUUGGCAACUAAUUAAUUUAUUAAAC